GGCCAUUUUCUUUGGUUCCCCCUGCUGGACGAAAACAGCGUUUAUAGUCGGUCCCCGCUGGAGACGCUUUUGUGGCUACAUUUCUGCCUUAAAGACGUGGCUAAAUGUCUCCUUAGGGAAAGGGAACCGGGUUGUUUGGCUAUAUUCUGGGUUCCCAACUCAAAUCCAGGCAGGAAAGACGCGGACGGUCAUCAUCAUCCUUUCUGCAAAGCAGCUGCGAUUCAUUGGGAACUAUGUAAUGUUUAUGGACCAAAUGUGAUGAGUGAAGGUGUCGUACAUCAGUGGUGUCGCAUGUUUAAAGAUGGACGAACUGACGUGCACGAUGAGUCAAGAAGUGGCCGCCCUCUCUGUAGUCAGCGCUGAACUCGUGCAGGAAGUUGACAAAAGUUCAGGCACAGUCAUGACUGACUUGGAGAUUCAGACACUUUGCACGGAAAGUUAUGGCUCUCAAUUUGCUCGGCGUUACCAGGCCUUGCCUAAUGGAAAGCUAAACUCUGUGACAGACGCCUCUAAAGACUGGUACCUUAAUUCAUUUCAUCGUAUCUUCAAGUCCAUCUUCCUGCCCCAAGGUUAUCCUGAGAGUGUAAGCACGGACUACCUCGCCUACCAGUUCUGGGACACCAUCCAGGCCUUCGCAAGCAGCAUCACAGGGACACUGGCCACCCAGGCAGUGCUGAAGGGGGUGGGGGUCGGGGAUGAGACCUCCACCGUCGCAGCUGCCGCCGUCACAUGGAUUCUGAAAGAUGGAACAGGAAUGUUGGGCCGAAUCGCUUUCGCUUGGAGCAAGGGGAGCAAACUGGAUUGUGAUGCUAAGCAAUGGAGGCUCUUCGCUGAUGUGCUGAACGACGUGGCCAUCUUCAUGGAGAUCAUGGCGCCAGCUUUCCCAGCAUGCUUCACGCUCAUUGUCUGCACCAGUUGCUUUUUUAAGUGCAUUGUGGGUGUGGCCGGAGGAGCCACCCGUGCGGCUCUCACCAUGCACCAGGCCCGCCGGGACAACAUGGCCGAUGUAUCAGCCAAAGAUGGAAGCCAGGAGACGCUAGUGAACCUAGCUGGCCUUCUCUUCAGUCUCUUCCUGAUCCCUCUUGUGGUGGACAAUUUCCCCCUCACCUAUGCCUUCUAUGCUCUCUUCACCAUCCUCCAUCUCUAUGCCAACUACCAAGCAGUGCGGGCAGUUUGCAUGGAGACCCUUAACCGUGCUCGGCUCCAUCUGGUCUUGCAGCAUUACUUGAAGCGGGAAGAAGUUCUUGGUCCUGCUGUCAUCAACCCUCAGGAGCCCCUUCUGCUAGGGUUUCGUCAGCAGCUCAAGAUAACUCUUGGGACUCCUCUUCAUACAGUGACCUCCAGUGUUGCUGACUUCCAGAAAGCUCUUGAAGGCAAUGCUUCAAAUUACUUAAUUUUCUUCAACCGACCAGCAGGGGUGAUCUCUAUCCUGCUCCAUCGGCAAGCAGACAGUGUGGAUGUGAUUAAAGCCUACACCCACGCCCUUCUUCUAGAGGCCUUACUCUGUGAAGAUGUGGAAAACUGUGCCUUGGAAAGAGGGUCCCUCCUGCAUUUGCAGCAUCAAUUAUGUAAAGAAUCCGGUAACGAGGAUCCCAGGAUAAAUUCCGAAAUGCAUCAGUUCUUAGAUAGGAUAUUUCCCAAAUUCCUGGCAGGACUGACAUCUGCUGGAUGGGUAACCAGUCGAAACCUUCUGGGCCCUGAGGAAUGGCGGAUAGAGUGGCUCAGCGCUGAGAAGAAAAUGCUCUGAUUCUGAUUCUGGAAGAAUUUUUAUGCCAAGAACCUGAUUUAUUCAAUCAUAGAAAAGGAGGAGAUCCUUGGGGUUGUCUUUUACAAAAACAACUGUAGAUUUGGAUUUGCCUUGCCUCAGUUUACCACUCCUUAACUGUAAAAUAAAGAUGAGGUGCUGACAACGUAAAA